AUGAAGUUGCUGCUUUUGUUGCUGCUGAUGGAGCGAGCUGCAGCUCAGCAGAGAGGUCUGUUCCCGGCCAUCUUGAACUUGGCCAGUAAUGCAGACAUCAGCAGUAACGCGACGUGUGGAGAUCCAGUACCUGAAGUUUACUGUAAACUGGUAGAACACGUUCCCAGACGACUAAUCAAGAACCCACACUGCUCAAAAUGUGAUGCCAACUCCGUCCUGCCCAAAGAACGUCAUCCGAUCACAAACGCCAUCGAUGGGACAAACCAGUGGUGGCAGAGUCCGAGUAUCAAGAACGGACAACAGUUUCACUGGACGACUAUAACAGUGGACCUGAAACAGAUCUUUCAGGUCGCCUACAUCAUCAUCAAGGCAGCUAACUCUCCUCGACCAGGUAACUGGAUCCUGGAGCGCUCCCUGGACGGCGUGACCUUUGACCCCUGGCAGUUUUACGCCAUCAGUGACUCUGAGUGUUUGUCUCGUUACAACGUGACGCCGAGACUCGGACCGCCGACCUACAAGAGAGACACGGAGGUUAUCUGCACGUCUUUCUACUCCAGACUGAACCCCCUGGAGCAUGGAGAGAUCCACACCUCUCUGAUUAAUGGCCGACCCGGAGCUGAUGAUUUGACCUCUGACCUCCUGAACUUCACGUCGGCUCGUUACAUCAGACUGAGGCUUCAGCGAAUCCGAACGCUCAACGCCGACCUGAUGACGCUGAGCGCCCACGACCCCCGAGAGAUCGACCCCAUCGUCACACGGAGGUAUUAUUACUCCAUCAAAGACAUCUCUGUGGGCGGCAUGUGUAUCUGCUUUGGCCACGCCCAGAGCUGCCCGCUGGACCCUGUCACCAAGAAGCUGCAGUGUGUGUGUGAACACAACACCUGUGGAGAGAGCUGUAACAAGUGUUGCCCCGGUUACCACCAGCAGCCAUGGCAACCUGGAACAGUCUCCGAGGGAAACACAUGUGAACAGUGUAACUGUCACAACAAAGCCGCCAACUGUUUCUACAAUCAAACCGUCUCUGAACACUUUUUGAGUUUAAACUCUCGCGGCGUCCGUGAGGGUGGUGGAGUCUGUAUGGACUGUCAGCAAGACACCGUCGGCAUCAACUGUGAGACCUGCGCCACCGGACACUACAGACCCUCUGAGGUUUCUCCUUAUUCAGACUCUCCUUGUGUCGAGUGUAACUGUGACCUGAGAGGAUCCAAAUCUUCAGUCUGCACCAGAGAUGACACGCAGCCAGGUGUGUCUGCAGGGCAGUGUAUGUGUAAGCAGGGUUUUUCAGGUGUGCGGUGUGACCGCUGUGCGUUUGGAUACAGAGACUUCCCCCUGUGUGCUCGCUGUGAGUGUAACCUGUCGGGCAGCGUCAAUACUGACCCCUGCAGCCCCUGCAUCUGCAAGGAGAACGUGAUGGGUGCUCACUGCGAUCUGUGCAAACCAGGUUUCUUCAACCUGCAGCAGAGUCACUCGCUUGGCUGCACAGACUGCUUCUGCUUUGGAGUAUCAGACGUCUGUGAGAGUUCAGCCUUGUCCACAGCUCAGGUGUUCCACACGGAUGCUUGGCUCCGCCCCUCUUAUUCCCACCACACACACCCUGUUGUCCACGACAACGACCUUCCCGCCCCCAAUAACCUUUCUGGACACGCCCACCAAAUUCUGUUGUCGUGGGCGGCGCCCGCCAGUUUCCUAGGCAACAAGCUGCUGUCCUACGGGGGUUUCCUGAACUACUCUCUGUUAUAUGAUGUCCCAUUGGACAAUGAAGAUCACUCUCUGCCCGCCCGCUCUGACAUCAUCGUUGAGGGUAAUGGGCGGGCUCUUCGUCUCUCCCCACCCCCCCUCCUCUUCCUUUCUGAGCUGGCCGAGCGCUCGGUUGCCACGGCGAUUACCCCGCAGCAGUUUUUGGACAUUGAGACGGGCGCUCACGUUACCCCGCGAUGACCUGCUGUCAGUUCUCGCCGACGUGACAUCACUGAGGGUCAGAGUUCACCUGAACGCCUCCGCUGACGGGCCUAUACGUCUCAGCUCAGUGUCUCUGGAUGUGGCCGGCUAUGGUUCGAUUUAUGGUACUCAGGCGGUUGCCGUGGAGACGUGUGAAUGUCCA